GGAACUUGAAUGGGUGAAAUAAGGAGUAAAUUUCAUCAAUGAUACUUGAACUUUAGCUAAAAUUUCGAAGUGAUACCUCAACUUCACAUCCUUUCACAAAAAUCCCUGAACUUACACAAUCUUUUCCGACCCGCCGGAUUUAGCCGGAAAACACUCUGACUCGCCAGAAAGGAUUGUGUAAGUUCAGGGAUUUUUGUGAAAGAAUUUGAAAAUGAGUACCACUUCGAAAUUCCAGCUAAAAUUCAAGUACCAUUGAUGAAAUUUACCCGUCAAAAUAAGGCAUUUGGGUUUUUAUGAAUAGCACGAAUCACCCACCACCUAGUGCAGCAAAUGGCAAUGAAGUGGAACUGUGUUCCCUGCAAAGAUCCAGUACUAAUUACCAACUGUGCAAUGGUAAUUUCCGAGCUACUGCAAUUGGCAAUAAGAUCUGUGAGACAAAUCUAUUAUUAGAAAAGGUGUUGGAAUGCAAGGAAGCUCUAUUGUGGAUAAAAUGUGAAAGUUUUUCGUCUCUUGUAAUAUUCACAAACAAAACGCAAUUUAAUUUGCUUCAUCAUCAAAUUGAUCUCAUCUUGGACUUUCAUGUUGGAAUUUCAAAAUAUUUCAUUGAAGUUAAUUACCUUAUCUUACAUACCAAUGAUGUCCCCUGCCUCUUUAGAACAAAAAUAAUAAUUUCUUUUGUUAAAAUAAUAGCUUUUUGAAAGCAAAUAUAUUAUUAGGAACAAAAAGCUAUUUGAAAGCUGUUUAUAUAAACCGUAAAACCUUGGAAUAAAUUGAGAACACAAUUGUUCUAUUAUACACCAAUUCGACAUCGGAACCUUACAUGGGGUAAAAAGAAUGGGUGACACUCAAAUAAUUUAGGCUGAUUUGAGAAGAAAUAGAAAAUCAAGAAAAAAUUUCCCGAUUAAAAGAAUACCAAAAACAGAAAAAUUCCAAGGAAGUCAAUCCAAAUGGAAAAAAUCAAAAGCUCAGAAUUUUGCAAUGCAUCCGAUCAUGUUCUUGAAUCACAAGUCCAGACAUAAAUUUUGCAAAUUCAUCACUGCAAAUUGGACCUCAAACCAUUCAAGAAACAGAUUUCCAAAGCUUCAUACCAGAGAUAUAUAAACUUUGAAAUAAAGUGGAAAUCAACUCAAACAAUGUGAAAAUCCUCUCAGAAAAGCUUUCGCAUAGAAAGUAUGUUCAGACAAUCAACACGGCAUCAGUUUCUGACCGCCCGUCUGGUUUAUCACAUCACUGAGAAUUCACAGAAAAAUAUCGAUCCAUAAAGAAAUCCCCAUCAAAACUGAAACUAUUUUAAACUUGAUUUGUAUGAAAAUUAAUGUAAAAUUGAAAAUAGAUGUGUGAAUUGGAAAUCUAUAUCAAGAGUUCAACAAACCCAAAAUAAUCGAAAUCAGACAGAAAAGGAUUAAAAUUUGACCUUAUUUUCUGUACAAAGAUGAAUAAAAUGGCAUCAGAUAUUAAGCGGAGUAGAUAGUCAACACGAUUUAUGAUCAGUGAUUAGCAUAUCAAGAAUCGUCAUUGCCAUAACAUGAUAUAAUAACAGAAAAACAUAAAAAACCGUAUAAAAAAUAUCAGACGGUUCAUUUGACACCAUCGCAAUGGAGAAAAAAACACAAUGGGUUGGUAAGCCAUCCUUUGAUUCAAUUGAUUUCUGCAUCGUUUCUAUCUCCAUUAACGAAUUUCGGCUUCGCUAUGGAGAUGGUAAAUCCGAUGCAAUCUCUGAAAACGCAAGUGAUCGGAAAAUACAAACCGACUAAUGUUUAGCCGCGGCGAAAGAAAUUGACGAAGAGAAUGCAUUCCGGCGGGAUCGACCACGCACAGUCCAAUCCGUGAAUCGAUCUUUCUUCUAUCAAUUUAAUAAGGUGCUGCAUAUCGUCCCUCGUGUCUAAAUUGAAAUCAACUUUCCGUACUAUGCAGUGAAGAUGGAAAUCAUACAUCCGCUCGGAGAGUCAGAUCGUUUGCUUAAUAAAUUAAAUGCCAUCUAUGAAACUGGAUAUGGUGCACCUACUCUCAACUCUCCUGACAAAUGUACAGAUUCAGUGCUUGGUUUUGCCAGUAUAGAGAGGAAACCCCAUUCUCUUCAAUUUAUAGAUAGAAGAGUGUUAGGGAUUGACCAGGAAAGGAAUGAUUCUUUAUUCCAUGUCGUUCAUGAAGAAGUAGACACGGAUGAAGAUGAUAAGAUGACACUGAUUCAACUUAAGGAUAAGUCUAAAAAACAUGGCGGUCAUGAUGAUCUUUGCGGAGAUGCAGACGAUACAAUGACUAUAGGAAAACUAAAGAGCGCGUGUUCCAAGAAAAGGGGAUUUAGCAGUCACUCGGAUUCAAGAGUAAUUCAUGAAGAUGUGAUCAGUUCUCAGUUAGAUGAAGAUGACGAUGACCUCAAGGUCAAUAUAGGUUUUCUAAAACCAAGUCUGAGGAAGUGUUCAAAAGCUAAGCAGAGACGCAUUGACAUGUAUCCUAUUUCCUUACCUAAAAAUGUUACUUCAGACGAAACUGAGGAUGCCCUAGCUUCAGGUGUUCCCAUGCAAUUAAAAAAGGAAUCAAGUUCUGCUGAAGUUAUAAUAUGUGAAGUUCCAGAAACUGUUGUGAGUCAGCAUAAGAUACCUAUGUCUGGAGAAGAACAACUUCACUGUAUGCUUAAUGAAAUAUCCUAUGAGCACUUGGAAUCCUUUGAGCCUGAUUACUCUCCCUUUGAUUGUUGUCGGGAUUUGCAUCCAAAUAAUCCCGAGAUGAGUUUUGACACAGAAACAAUCAUGAAGUCCAAUAAGCUGGAUACUAAUAAAACUGGUUGUGCUGACCUUCACGAUGGUGAGGAUAUUUACAUGUCUGAAGACGAAGUUGUUUGUGCCAAUCUCUCACCCAAUGUAUCUGAAACAGUACUUGUUAACGACUUUUGUUGGAUCAGUAAUGAUGAAACUUGCAUGUCUGAAGAUGAUGGUGAGGAAAAGUGUCAUGCAAACACACAACUUGGUGCUACAAUUAGCCCUUUCAAGAAAUGUAUUUCACUCGGGGACUCUCAUUCUAGCUCCAACACUGAUAAGUUAGAUUCAUUCGAUGGGCAGCAGCCGCCAAAGUUUUCAAGCUUGGAUGAAGAAAAUAUUCCCACAUUGAAAUGUCUGCCCUGUGAAUCAACAUCAAAUGACAUUUCUCCAUGUUCUCAAGAAGAACUAUGUUUGACAAUGAACUCAAUGGAUUUACUUAAUGACUUGGAUAUUUACAGAUGCGAUGAGAAGCUCAAUUUUGGAGUGAAUAGCGAAAGUGAAAAUACUGAAAACCCAUGCAUGCCCAGCUCUUUAAGCAUAGAAGAGAAUGGCACAGUAUCAGAUGAGUUGUGCCAUGAAAAAAUUAACACGUGUCCCAAUGAGACUGAAGGAAGAUUGGUAAUUAAAGGAAAAGGCCCCACGCCUGAUCGAAAACUAGAGGGUCGCCGGCGGAGUCAUUCCCGAUCUCUACCCCACUUUAGCAGUGGCUGCUCCUCUGUUCAACUUUUUUCUGCAAGUGCAUUAGCAUUUUCACAGCAGCAGAUGCAUGACAUUGAGUCACUUGCAGGAAUGCUCUUGUUCGAGUUGAGGUCCAUAAAGGACAUAGUAACAGGAAAAUUGCAAUAUGAAGGCUGUAGCGGUGAAUCACUGGAAAAUGAAUUGGAUAAGGACCCAAAUCUUUUACUUUUACAAGUGAGAACUGCAAUUCUGAAAGCAAAUAAAGUUGGAAGAAAUGCUAGAAAGCAGCUGUCCAAGAUGAAUAAGCAAUGCACCCGGUUUUGCAAACUCUUGGAAAUUAGUCGAGAUGGUGCCCCUCCCAAUGACGAAGUCCAUAAUAAGAAAAGAAAAAUUGUAUUUGCUGAUGAAGCAGGUGGUAUGCUCUGUCAUGUGAAGUAUUUCAGUAAUGAGUCUCAUGACACAAACUUGAAACAGCCUGAUGAUGGGAAACAAGAAGACUAGAAUGUGACUAAGAAGGGAAGGCUCACUUUGGUUGUACAUUUUUAUACGGGGUAUGAUAAUAGUGACCGCCUUAGUCUCUCUUUUUUUAGUUGAAGGCAACCUGCAACUGAAAGAGAACAAUGUAGAAAAAGUUGUUGGGGUUUUCAACUCGGG